AUGACCUAUAUCAUAAUUUUGGCCUGGGCUUUGCUGUACCUGGUGUUUUCGUUCAGCUCCCAGCUCCCAUGGGCCAAUUGCAACAACUACUGGAACACAGAUGACUGUGUAGACUUUUCAGCAAGAAAUACCACCUCUGAAUGGACCAACCAAACAAAUUCAACCUCUGCUGCAACAGAAUUCUGGGAACGACGAGUGUUGGCUAUUUCAGGGGGGAUUGAAGAAAUAGGCAGCAUCAGGUGGGAGGUUCUGUUGUGUCUAAUUGCUAUGUGGGUCAUCUGUUACUUUUGUAUCUGGAAAGGGGUCAGAUCUACAGGAAAGGUGGUGUAUUUCACGGCUACCUUCCCCUAUGUGAUGCUGUUAAUUCUUCUGAUUCGUGGACUCUCUCUUCCUGGUGCUCUGCAAGGAGUGGUGUUUUAUCUUCUCCCUGACCUCUCACGUCUCGCAGACCCUCAGGUAUGGAUGGAGGCUGGGGCUCAGAUCUUUUUCUCAUACAGUGUGGGUGUGGGCGCCUUAACUGUUCUAGGCAGCUACAACAACUAUAACAACAACUGCUAUAAAGACUCUCUGUGGCUGUGUUUGCUGAACAGUGUUACCAGUCUGGUAGCUGGGUUUGCGGUCUUCUCUGUGCUGGGAUUCAUGGCUCACGAGCAGGGCGUUCCUAUUGCAGAAGUGGCUGAAUCAGGUCCAGGACUGGCAUUCAUUGCAUACCCUCAGGCUGUAGCCAUGAUGCCUCUGCCUCAACUGUGGUCUGUCUGUUUCUUUGUCAUGCUAAUUCUCUUGGGUCUGGACACACAAUUUGUUGCCAUGGAGGUGGUGAUGACAUCCACUAUAGAUAUGUUUUCAACAGUAAUGCGCAGGGCAGGGCGACGGGAACUCUUCCUCCUGCUCUACUGCCUCACAUGCUUCUUCUCUCAGCUUGUAAUGAUCACAGAGGGAGGGAUGUAUGUGUUCCAGAUUUUUGACUAUUAUGCUUGUAACGGCGCCUGCAUCCUCUUUCUCUGUGUGUUUCAAACCCUGGCAGUGGGAUGGAUAUUUGGGGCAGAGCGGUUGUUUGGCAUCAUAAAAGACAUGACAGGUGUACAGGCCAACCCGUUCUUCAAAAUCUGCUGGCGCUACCUCACACCACUGGUUUCACUGGGCUCUUUCAUAUGUUCUUUAGUUAAGUACCAGCCUCUGACCUUCAAUCGCUGGUACGUGUACCCUGCCUGGGCAUACACAUUUGGUUGGAUACUAGCCCUGUCCUCCAUCCUGCUUGUGCCAGGAUGGGCGCUGUAUAAGCUGGGAACCGGAACUGGGACCCUGAGUCAGCGGUUCCAUGACCUAUGUCGGCCCAGUCCUGACUGCUGUCCAGCGAAGGAAUCUGAGCUGCAGCACAUUGGAGGGGAAGAUCUGCAACAAUUCACUACCAGUUCAUAUGAAAGGUGAAUUGAUCCUGAACUCUUGGCAAAUGCACUCAUGUGUCCAGCCACUAACAUACAGCAAUCACUGGGCCAGAUACUGAGUGUUGUAUUACUUUCUUUAUGCUAGAAUCCACAGGUCUUAGAUGACAAAGACUGGUCUCAUUUAUUUUAGCUGCAUUGUUGAUACUGAAUGUGUGAAAUGUGUAUUAUCACUGCAAGUAUUGUGGAAAUGGAUAUGAAACAACCAACUGUCAAAACACAUUUUUAAAUGGACAUUUUUGCAUAAAAAUGACUGUCACAUCAUAAUCGCCAUCUGAUGUG